GUCGCAUCAGCCCUACCUGUUCGACAUGCUGAGAAGCAAGCGCCUCCACAAUAUAUCAGAUACACCCCUAGCCAACAAAGCUCCUUACAUGCAGGAGGCUCGCAACAACGCAUCAUUCGAAUGGUUGAGGAGCAAAAAGAUCCUAUGGAACCACCAAAGUUUAGAAUCAAUCAGAAAAUCCCACGAGCGCCACCCUCACCUCCAGCACCAGUCAUGCACAGCCCUCCACGAAAGGUCACAACGAAAGAUCAGAACGAUUGGAAGAUACCACCAUGUAUUUCCAACUGGAAAAAUCCGAAAGGUUUUACGGUGUCUUUGGACAAGAGACUGGCAGCGGACGGUCGCGGAUUGCAACAGACGCACAUCAAUGAAGGUUUCGCGAAGUUAUCGGAAGCCUUGUACAUUGCUGACAGGAAAGCCAGAGAAUCUGUGGAAGCGAGAGCACAGCUAGAGAAGAGGGUGGCACAACAUAAGAAACUUGAACAAGAAGCUCGAAUGCGCGAAAUGGCAGCGAAGGCUCGACAGGAGCGUGCAGGUAUAAGAAAGAAGGGUGAAGACGAGGAUGAGGCUGUGAAAGCGAGAGAAGAGAUCAGACGAGAUCGAUUGGACGACAUCCGUAAAGAAAGGAAUAUUGCUCGCAACCGUCCCGAUAAAGUGGACAAGCUCAUGCGGGAUCGUGACCGCGAUAUCUCGGAGAAGAUCGUCCUGGGAUUACCUGAUGCGAAAGUCCGAUCCAGUGAGACUCAAUUUGAUCAAAGGCUGUUUGAUCAGAAUAAGGGCUUGGACAGUGGUGCAAUGGAUGAUGAAACGUACAACCCGUACGACAAAGCUUGGCGUGGUGGAGAUAAUGUGCAACAACAUAUCUACAGGCCUAGUAAGUUGACCCUUGACGUCCACAGGAUUUUUGUUCACUUUUCGAAAAGAUGUUGUAUUUGUUUGGCCAUUUCAAGUCGGUUUACGGAAUUUUCACUGUUCAUUUAUGAAAUUUAUGCAUUGAUCGUUUUUACUUUGACUCAAUAA